AUGAAAGAGAAAACUAAUGAGGUGAACGGAGAGAUGAAAAAACCAAAACGAAAAACCGCUCAAUCACCGCUUGGGGAGCUCAAAAAAAGACAACAGCAAGACCUACUAGAACAAAGGGAUGUCAGCAAAAAUAUCAAUGGUAUCAAGGACCACACAAAACCUUCUACUUCAGGGGAAUCUAUGGCUGUCAUUCUUACUCAAGGUUUAAUGGCAAAAGACCGAGCGAAGGUUGAUUCGGUUCUUUCUAAGCCGGACAUUAGUAUUAUUCAGGCAACAUUAGCUGAAAUGCCGGUAACGAAUAUUGUGCCGCUUCUAAAGGCCAUCGAGUCGAAUUUAUUGUCAAGAAAUGUUAUGGACAUACGACCAUGGCUGCGAUGGGCCCAAGCUACAAUUUCCAUGCACAUGAGCUACUUAUCGACGUUGCCUACACUUGAUUCGGAAAUUGGCGGCCUUAUGGAUUGGAUGAGAACCAGGGCCACAAAUUCUUCUCGCCUUUUGGCACUUCAUGGAAAAAUGUGUGUCCUUGUCGAGCACAUUGAAAAGCGAAGCAAUAAGCAUUUGGAGCCUCUGCCUCAACCAAUCGUUGUCUUUAAUACAGAUGAAGUUGCUACUUCAGACGAUGAGGAAUCACUGAUCGAAGAAUCAGACGCUGGCAGUAGUGAAAAUGAGGAUUGGUGGGACGACGAGCUAUUGCUAAAGGACGAAGCAAUGGGAACAGAAGAUAGCGAAAGUGAAGAAGAAUCGGAAGACGAGGAAAAUGGGCAAAAAGACGUGGAAAUGGAAGAGGACAAUGAAGAUGAUGGAGAAGAUGAAGAAGACGACGACUUCGAUGAAGACUCCGAUGAA